AUGGCAAGUGGUUCCUCAAGCGAUGAGGCUAUUUCGAGCGAUUCAUCCGUGGGGUCUUACAGAGAUCUAGAUUUAGUACAAGAGGACAUCAGCCGAAAUGACAGUUCGGUCGCGGUCGGACAUUUCGGAAAAGGUUCAGAGGUAUCAUGGAUGCAACGACUUGAGGAUACCCUCAAAGCAGAGAUUGGUAAGACGAACUCACAUAAGCGCAGAAGAAUGUCGACCAGUCGCGACAAAUAUGAUCCUAUUCAAUCGGGUAUCAAGGAAUUCAACUAUCAUUUGGAUGACCAAGAGGCUCCAUUAGAUGACUCGGUCCAUCCAUAUGUCUUACCCCCAAGGGAAGCAGCCGAUCGAUAUUACCAUGCAUACUUGACGACUUUUCAUUCAUCGUUCAUGAUCAUUCGAGAACCAACUUUUACCGCUCAAUACAAGUCAAUGUAUGACCACCUGUCAAAGCCUCCCCCUAGAUGGCUAGCGGUAUUGAACAUGAUAUUCGCGCUUGGUGCUCGAUAUUGCCAGUCUUCCGGGGACACAGAGACAUCGGAAGGAACAAUCUUCAUGAACCGAGCAAGAAAGCUUGCUCUGACUGGAGAUAUUCUUUUCCAACAUGCGGAUCUCCAACAAAUUCAAGUAACCAUUCUAGCCGCUCUAUAUCUGAUUGAAGUGGGUCACGUCAAUAGAGCAUCCCGAAUGUCACAUCUGGCAUUGGAAUCUGCUAUAAUAUUAGGCUUGAAUCUUCGAUGGGUAGAUGAAACCACCGCUCAAUUCUCAAAAGAGAUACGAUCUCGUCUAUGGUGGUCAAUAUUGUGCGUGGAAUGUCUGAUUACGGCAACUACAGGUCGAAUAUCUGGUACAAACGAGAGCCUCAGCGCUGUUGGUCUACCCAAUCCCUUUUAUGAGAGCCGAAUAAGCAAUCCCCAAAUGGAUGCAGCUCUGAAAGGGGAAUCCACUCAUACAUCUCAUUUCACACCGCCAAUGUUCCAAUCUGAGCAGCAGAAAAAGGAGACCAUUGAACUGUUGCACACUUGCGAGCCCACUUCGUCCCUAGUCUUCCACUUCAUGGUUGACUUAAUGACAACAAACCAGUCUUUUCUCACCAAAGUUUACAGCAUAGAAGGGUUACGCCAAACUAGUAUAGAGCUAAGGCGCCGUACCCGCACUUACAGUGACUUUUUGGAUGCUUGGCUUCUUAAGCUACCCGAUUCAUACAAAUUUAUUGGUCCUGGUAACGCGAUUGAUGAUAAAUAUGGCCACAACCCAUUUCUGCGGGAACGUUGCUCAGAUCUCGCUUUGCCGCCCUUGCUUGUCAACAAUAAAGAGACCAAGAAGCAAGUCGAAAAGCACAUUUCGUCAAGAACGAAUUAUCAGAUGUUUGAGUUCAGCAUGUUCUCUCAUCGGUGUUCUGCCCGAAAGGCCUGA